AUGACCACUGUUCUGUCGAAGCCUGGAUCGUCGGCAAUCACAUUACAAAUCAACACUGGAAGGGUGCGAGAGUACCUGGUCGGCCAAGGCAGAUAUGGUCGAGGUCCAGCGUCGACCUACCAGCACAUCAGUAGCCAGAAAAUGUUGGUCGAGGAAGAGAUCAAAGACAGGACUCGCCAGGGACGUGUUCGCUUGCUAGCAAUGUACAAGGUCUUUCUUCACAGAAGGUUAAAGAAGUCGACUCCUUCACCUUCUGUCUUUGCUGCGAGCAAUCAGACGAUGUAA